GCGGCGGUGGCCGUGGCGGCGCUGUUCCCCGCGCAGUCCUCGGAGCGGGGUCCGGGCUGUGCGAGGUCGGGUGACGGCGCUGCGACGCCGGCCGGUGUCCGACCCGGGGUCGCCUCCCAAGCCGCCCCCCGGGCCCCGCGUCCCCUCCCCCGCUGGCGGGGCCCGGACUGAAGAUGGUGCAGAAGAGAGCAGCCGAACUUCAGGGCUUCCACCGUUCGUUCAAGGGGCAGAAUCCUUUCGAGCUGGCCUUCUCCUUAGACCCAGCCCAGCACGGGGACGCUGACUUCAGCCCACAGUGUGAGGCUCGGCCUGACAUGCCCUCCAGCCAACCCAUCGACAUCCCGGAUGCCAAGAAGAGAGGCCGGAAAAAGAAGCGCUGUCGGGCUACAGACAGCUUCUCAGGCAGGUUUGAAGAUGUCUACCAGCUGCAGGAGGAUGUGCUGGGGGAAGGUGCCCAUGCCCGCGUGCAGACCUGUGUCAAUCUGAUCACCAACCAGGAGUAUGCUGUCAAGAUCAUUGAGAAGCAGCUGGGCCACAUCCGCAGUAGGGUGUUCCGGGAGGUGGAGAUGCUGUACCAGUGCCAGGGGCACAGGAAUGUUCUAGAGCUGAUUGAGUUCUUUGAGGAGGAGGACCGCUUCUACCUGGUGUUUGAGAAGAUGCGUGGAGGGUCCAUCCUGAGCCACAUCCACAGAAGGCGCCACUUUAACGAGCUGGAGGCCAGCGUGGUGGUGCAGGACGUGGCCAGUGCUCUGGACUUCCUGCAUAACAAAGGCAUCGCCCACAGGGACCUGAAGCCAGAGAACAUUCUGUGUGAGCACCCCAAUCAGGUCUCGCCGGUGAAGAUCUGCGAUUUUGACCUUGGCAGUGGCAUCAAACUCAACGGAGACUGUUCGCCCAUCUCCACCCCAGAGCUUCUCACCCCGGUGAGGGCAUGUGGGUCAGCCGAGUACAUGGCCCCAGAGGUGGUGGAGGCCUUCAGUGAGGAGGCCAGCAUCUACGACAAGCGCUGCGACCUGUGGAGCCUGGGCGUCAUCCUCUACAUCUUGCUCAGCGGCUACCCGCCCUUCGUGGGCCACUGUGGCAGCGACUGUGGCUGGGACCGUGGGGAGGCCUGCCCUGCCUGCCAGAACAUGCUGUUCGAGAGCAUCCAGGAGGGGAAGUAUGAGUUCCCCGACAAGGACUGGGCCCACAUCUCCCUCGCUGCCAAAGACCUCAUCUCCAAGCUGCUGGUCCGAGAUGCCAAGCAGCGGCUGAGUGCUGCCCAAGUCCUGCAGCACCCCUGGGUGCAGGGGUGCGCCCCAGAGAACACCCUGCCGACACCCUUGGUUCUGCAGAGGAACAGCUGUGCCAAAGACCUCACGUCCUUCGCGGCUGAGGCCAUUGCCAUGAACCGGCAGCUGGCCCAGUGCGAGGAGGACGCUGGGCAGGACCAGCCCGUGGUCAUACGAGCUACCUCACGCUGCCUGCAGUUGUCCCCACCCUCCCAGUCCAAGCUGGCCCAGCGGCGCCAGAGGGCUAGCUUGUCAGCCAACCCUGUGGUCCUUGUGGGGGAUCGCGCAUGACCCCCAGUAGCCCCUUGUACAUAUGCCCCUCCCCUGGGGGACCUGAUGGCUAGGGACCUGGACGCCCCUUGCCACCCCAGGCGCCAGCUCAGCUGGGUCCUGCUGGCGGUGUAGGGAUCUGUUGGGAGGUGUUUGCUUUUUCUCCCUCUCCUCGCCCUGCCCCUGCCUACUUGGCUUUGUUUUGUUUGUUUUUCUUCUGCCGCUAUUGAAAGCAAGUGCCCCGGAGGGCGGAGGGUUCGGGCCACUCAGCCUGCACCCCACGAUGCUCGCCUGUCAACUGUGAAGGUCCUGCCACCUGCGCCCCCACCUCCACUCCAGCCAUUCUGCUGUCUUCCAGGGCUGGGGAUCCCGCAGGGUCAGCGUCCCAAACCUCUCCCUAGCCCUCAGUAUUGUCAGGGACGGGCCCUCCUGGUGAGCACAGUAGUCCUGUCUCCCCACCAGAGCACCCCUGGGUCUAGGGCAGGGCAUUCCCUGUCUUGGAUAGGGAUCUCUGGGGCGCAGGUGGGUAGGGACAGCGCACUCAAUUGAUUCCCAGUCCCCAUCACCCACCUGCCGUGUCCCUUGGAGGGCUGACAAUCAGCGCACCCUCCCAGGCCGCUUACUCCUUCCCCUGGGAGAGGCCUGUUGCUCCCAACCCAACCCGGGGCAGAGCUGGAGGGGACCCUGCACCCAGCUAGCUCCAUCAAGGCAGGAGAGGUGCUGGACAAGGCCCACAUCAGCAAACAUGGGGUCCCCACAAGUCUCCCCACCCAGGGCACCUGAGUGCCCCUUCUCAGGGCUCAGCUGGCCAUGUCCUGCCCCAUGUUGCUCCUGGGUCUGGGGUUCUUAAGCCCUUGUGUUAACGAGAGCUGCAGCCACACCCGGGGGUCCCUCACCUUCCCUCAGCCGACAAGGGCAGCGGCUUGGGUCUGCCUACUUUCAGGGUUGAAGCUGCCUUGGCCUCCCUCUGGGCACCCAAGAAAGGCUGGGAAGGGAUAUGGUGGCUCUGCAGUGUCCAAACCUGAGGCCUGCGGACUGUUCCUAGUCACCAACUACUAUGCAAUACGAGUUCCCAUUUUCUUGAUGGCCCUGCUGGUCUGGGGCAGCUGCCAGGGGCCAGGCCACUCUGCCCUGCAGCUGCUCUGCUCAGGUGUCUACAGGGCAGCCUCUGGCCUCAAAAAUCCUUGGUCAGGAUUGUUUGUCUCGUUUAGUUUUUUUUUUUUUUUUUUUUUUUUUUUUUU